UUCUAAGCUCCUUGUCUACUGUAAAGAAAAAAGCUCCUUGUCCCGUUUUCUUUUCUCUCUGUUCCGAUCGUUCGAAUUCUUCGACGAUUUGCUUCUUUAAGUUCUGAUCGAUCUCCGUAGCUCGCUCGAACCACUAGACUUUGAAAUUUGAAUCUCUCUCGCUUUGGGAAGAUUGUCGAUUUGAAACCCUAAAUCCUCUUUGAUGGCGACUACUUCAGAUACAUUUCAUUUUCGUCGUUGAUGGUCACUCUGAUCCUCUGCCUCCGUUCAUUGCUUUCUUCUUCGUAAACAUCACCGCCGCCCACCGCCUGCAUCCUUCAUCGUGUUAUCGGGAAACUGAGUGAAUGAAGUCCAUUAUUGAUAUGGGGCGCAUGUGAAGCUUAAAUUCCCCCGAAGGAUCCAAGCAUACUGUGCCUCACCAGUCUUGCGACUUCAGAUUGAAGCGCUUUUCGCAGCUUAGGAGCUUGAAGAGAGCCGAGAUGUAAGACUCACUAAGAAGUUGGAGUCUUGAAUGUCGUGCUCUCUUCAAUUCAUCGAUUUUAAAGUUCCAAUGAAUUAUGAAUUCAUCGCGCAGAGAUGGUGUUCUUGUGCUGUUCGCGACCAUCCCCGCAGCAGGAUUGUCUCCGGAUGAGCGGUAGCUUCAAUUACGAUUCCAAGUUCAGUAGAGCAACUGCUAAGCCGCUGGAAUCCCUCAAAGAAGAUGGCGAACUUGUCAAGAAUGGUUUCUCACUGAACCAUGCGAGGGUUUUGGUUCAGAAUCUUAUGAAAAGGGCAGGCAUGCUCUUCGGACAUGGAGACAUGUUUGGUUCAAUUGGGCGUUCGUGGAUCCCAAUACCCCAGUUCACAGUGGGGUGAAGUUAUGUGUUUGUGUGAAGGAGUUCGUGCCAUGGUUGAUGGUGCCGCUUCAGGUGGUGUAUGUGAAUGAUGCAAAGGAUCUUAAGAAGGCCUCUGCCUCAUUUUUUAAUCUGUUACUUGUUCGAUUUAUGAUAGCAAACCCGAAUUAGAACUUCGAACUAUUUGCUGCUCGUAAUGUGAUCAAUCCUUUUGCCGCUUUGAUGUUCUGGAACGGUUUUUUAUCUGAGAUAUUUGACAAUGACUUUGCUUUAUAUCUGCAGAGAACAUAUGGUUGACAUCGGAGAUCAAGACUACGAUGAUGAUGACCAGUGAGAACUGAACCUCAUUUAGAAUUCAUCCUGAUUUUCUGUGAAUAGUCCUUCCCCUAUUCUGAAUUAAGGGUGCCUAUUGCAGUGUCAACACCUGUAAGUAUUGUAGCUUUGUGAUUGUUGGAACAGGAAGUGACCAACUAAUACGUUGAGUCGAACUUCCAAUUAUUGUCCUCAAAAUAUGCUGUUGUUCCAUGUCGUAUGUAGUUGUAUGUACUAGCACUUGGAGGAUUACAUAGACUACCCAUUGUUGUGAAUUAACUUGAAUUAUUGUAGUGACUGUAAGUCUGUAACAAAAUAUGUAUGUACGCAGGAACUAAGUAGUGUAAUCAAUGUAUAAUCUAAUUCUUUGGUUUCGUAUUUGUUCUUCAUAUUUGUGUCGAUAAUUAGCUGCCAUCAUACUUAUGCUAUUAAUAUAAUGUUCUGUUAGAUGGUUAAGUUGGUAGCUUUCAUUAGUUUAUAUUAUGAUAUAUUUAGUUUUCUUAACGUGAUAUAUUCAUAGCUUUUUCUUGUUUCUUUGUCCUUCUGUGUUUGUGGCUUGAGUGCUAGCAGUGGGUGUAUAUCCGGAGAAGAGCUAUGGCUUUUAUUUAUAGCAUUUGACAGUUAACCAGGAUUACUAACUGUCUGAAUCCAUUCUAUAGCAUUUGGAGUCUUGAUCUGCUCGUCAAUUGCGACGGAGUUUGAAUCGUCUCUCAAACUGAGCCUGAUGCUGUACGCUUCUCUCUCUCUCUCUCUCUCUCUCUCUCUCUCUCUCUCUCAUGAUGAUGAUCUCUUUGUUUAUUUCUAUUUCUUCUUGUGGAAAUGGAAUCCGAUUCAGAGCUUGGAAGUGUCAUUUCCCUGUACUAUUUUGUUUGAUUGUUAGCUGAUUUACUGGAUUUCACUUUGCGGUCUUUUCUUCAGCCGCCGCCAAUUCAGCCCGCAGACAACCAGAUGAGUCUAGUAGAUAUAGACACCAUCAAGGUCAUCAGGAAGAGAAAUGGCGGUAUUUUCUUCCGAUCUCCCUGUUUAUUGUUCGCAUAGCUGCCUAUCUAUUUUCAGCUUUCUUCUAGCAGUGGACUUGAAAAAAGCUUGAGUCUGGUUGGUGUAAGUUAAUAGUGAUUUUGAAUUAAUUAUGAACUCAAAUAUCUUGCAAAUUGGAAACCAGUCAGUUCCCUCUUUCUAAUUGCUACUUCAUCCUUUUACUCUAGCAAGCUACUAGAAGCUUGCCACUUGUUGGUAGUGGCUAUUGUGCUUUUGGAUGAAUUAAAAACUAUGUAUGCAUUUUUUGGGUAGGAAUAUAUGUAUCCAUUGAUACUAUGUUGCUAAUGACUUUCAGUUCCAAAGUAGAUCGACUGUAGCUGCAGAUGGUGAUCCUUCCAGCUCGCUUUUGUUUGCUGGGAAUGACAAGGAGAGGUACAAAUGCUAUACAUGAUGCUUAAACAAUGUAAUUCCUUUUCUGUGGAUGAACUCUUUAAAUUUCAGUACUCUCAAUAAUUAGAUCAUAACUUGUUACUAUCUCAGGGAAUAGAGAACUUCAAGUGGGAAUGAAACUACUCGAUUCAGUGUGCUACCAAGAAGUGGUGCUCUAAAAAGAAGGAAGAUAUCUAAAGGGGUAUUAUCCUUGGUCUUUGAAGGAUGUUGCAUUAUGAUUACAUUAGUAGGUUCUUUUGAGUUUUGAGUACUUGGAAUAUUAUGAGUAGUAGACCAUGUUUCAUUGUAUUACAUUUCAAUAUUUAUUGUUUUUAGUUUUUACCAUUUCACUAUAUAUUAUACUAGCCUAUAGCUCGGGUCGUUGGCCGUAAUUGUUUAAGGAAAAUGGAGUUAUGAUAUCUAUAAUAGUAGUGUCGAGAAAUGAGUCGUGUUUAAUAUUAUCAUAAGAUUGUUGUAAUUUUGCAUAUCGUUGAAGACAAAGCUGUAAUUUGAAUGAAUAUUCACAAUUAGU